ACGUGUGAUACGGCAAAACUUGAUAACCUAUAUUCAACGUUAACAACGGCCAUUAAUAUCAAACCGAAACAAGAAUAUAACUUCUUUUAGGACAAGGACUGUAAAAUGGCUGAAGGAGCCGGAACACAGUUAUUGAAAGAUGGUUCUGAUGCUGACUUUGAACUCACAUGCACACCUUGUGGAGAAGACAAUAUAAGAGAAGAGGCUAUCAAAUAUUGUCCUGAAUGCCAAGAGUACCUUUGUAUCACUUGUAAUCAGCAUCAUGGUCGGCUAAAGGCUACAAAGAGGCAUGUGGUUGUUGAUAAGGAUGCUGCCAAACAAUGCUUAGUUGUUGCCAAGGCCAAAUGCUAUUACCACCCAGAUCGUGACAUUGAAAUGUACUGCAAAACACAUGACAUGGUUUAUUGUGUUAUGUGCAUUGCUACAGAACAUAGAUUGUGUGAGGGCGUAAACAAAAUAGAGGCCGUGUCUAAAUCGUGUGUAAAUCAGACAGAGAUUCAACAAUUGUUAGACGAAACAAAGAAGACAAAAGACGUCUUGAGUACCACGGUAAUUAAACAUAAUGAUAAUCUUACAUCCAUUGAUCAGCAGCGGAAGGUAAUCCAAGAAAAACUUGACAGUACUGAAAUGAAGUUGAUUGAGCAAAUCUGUCAAAUAAAGAUAAAAACAGAAGAUUCUUUAAAUGAGAAGCAUGCCUCCUUGAAGGAAAAACUCAAUUUGAGCAUCGGCCAGUCUUCUUGCAAAAUAAAGGAGUUAAAAGAAAGUGAAGAGCAGCUGCAAACAAUUACCAAACUUGAUAAAGAACAACAAUUUGUUCACAUAAAAUUGAUGAAGAAAGCUGCUACAGACGCCUUCAAUUUAGAAGCAAGCAUUGGGUCUGAUGGUACAAUGUCAAUUUCUUUCACAGGUGACGAACAGUUGAAAAGUUUAGUCAUGGCAGCAAAUUCUUUGGGUCAGGUGAUAUCAAACAAUGGUGCCAAGAAAGUUUCUGAACCAAAACACUACAAAAUAAAGUCGAAGAGAGAAGUCUAUGUGAGAAUGGAUAACGAUGCAUCACAAUGUAAAAUAGCAGAUAUUUGCCAACUCACUGAUGGGCAGAUUCUUGUAGCUGAUUAUCAGAAUAAGAAAGUCAAACAACUGGGUGUAAACUACAAAAUAUCAAACACAUGUGACCUUGAUGCUUCCCCUACAGGUAUAUGCUGUAUCAGUAAAAACGAAAUAGCUGUGAAAAUGGCUAACAAUAAAAUCCAGUUUAUCUCAAUUGGAUCAUCAAAUAUGGCAAGGACAAGAGUUAUUUCAAUAGAGGGUGGAAUUUAUUGUGGAAUAUUAUAUUUUGACAAGGAAAUAUGGAUUUCUAGAGCAAGUGGCAUUGAUAUAUACAAUAUAUCAGGAACACUUACGAAAAAGAUAGGUGAUAAUGAGUCACCAAAGAAGAAAUUUAAAUCAACCUCUGUUCAACAUAUGGCUGUUUCGGGUGACACGGUUAUUGUGACAGAUUACUCUGACGGUGCUGUGUGUUUGAAUAAGGAUGGUACAGUUUUAAGAGAACUUCGGGAUCAAAAGCUGAUUAAAACUCGAGGUGUUUGUGUAGCUGAUGAUGGCACUGUCUUCUUGUGUGGUUAUACUUCCAAUAAUAUUGUGAUAGUUUAG